AUGGCAGUGGGUCUUGACACUGGGUCCCAUUGGUCAUGUGUGAAGCAGGAUACCUUCUUUCCAGCUGAUUUGCAAGGAUGCAGUCUACGUAACAAAGAGUACAUUGUUGGAACUGUAAUAUUUACUGGACACGAGACAGAGGUAAUGAUGAAUUCCAUGAAUGUUCAUUCCAAGAGGAGUACACUGGAGAGGAAACUUGACAAAGUAAUAGCUACACAUUUUGGUGUUCUUCUCUCCUUGUGUUUAAUUAGGGCCAUAGGCAGUGCUGUAUUUGUAAACAACAAGUAUCACUACUUAAUGCUUUGGGUUAAUGGUGACUCCCAACAGUUCAAUCCAAGCAACAGAUUUGUGGUUUUUAUUUUAAGUAUCUUUGCCCUUAUUACACUGUAUUUGCCAAAUAUUCCAAUUUCUCUUUAUGUUUCUAUCGAGCCAUAUGUUGAUGAGCCUUGGAAUAUUGGCCUCCAAGUUAUAGAUAUGGGAAGCUUAUCUAACAUGACUGUUCAAUCCGAUAAAUAUGGCCUCCGGGUUGCUAUUAAUGCCAUUGGAGAUAAGGCCAAUGACUUAAUCUUGGAUAUGUAUAAAUCAGUUGUGUCAACAUUUGAGUCAUGGAAGUGCAACCAAGUUUGGUGA